AUGCAUCCACAGGAACAGAACCAGCAGCAGCAGGCGCUGCAGCAGCAGCAGCAGCAGCAGCACCAGCAGCAGCAGCAGCAGCAGCAGCCUCAGCAGCAGCAGCCUCAGCAGCAGCAGCAGCGCGCUGAUAUUUCGGAGUUUGUACCUGAUGAUCGUUACAUUCUCCCUCCAAGUCAGCAGCAGCAGCAGCAACUGCUACUACAGCAACUGCAGCAGCAGCAGCAACAGCAGCAGCAGCAGCAGCAGCAGCAGCAGGAAACAGAAGAAAAAAUAGCAAUGGAUACAACUUCUAGUUGUCCUCCCUUUGGAGGGUUUGAUAGUUCGCCACUAAGUUGUACAGACACCGGAAAAUCUAUAGACCCUCAGCAGCAGCAGCAGCAGCAGCAGCAGCAGCAGCAAUUAUUGCUGCUGCAGCAAGCAGCAGCAGCAGAGCAGCAACUCCAAUGGGAGGUAGAUACAGCACAAGAAGUAAAUUUAGAUCUAAAAAGGCAAACACAAUUAAUAAAAAAGCUUGAUGGUUAUCUUAAAUUAUUAAGAAAAACAUUACAAGGUAAACCCUAA